AUGAAAAGAAUUCUUACCGAGACGAUACCCUUCGUUGAAGAAUACAUGGAUUCAACUGAAUCUGAAAUUAAAAACGUCGAUUUGAGGGAGGGGAGUGAGCGUCGGCAAGAAGAGUUGGAAGACGAAAACCAUUGGCAAGAAUGGGCUAAAUCUAUCCAAUCUAGAGUGCUUUCGCAGCUGUGCGACAAAGGUAAUAGGGACAACGCACAUUUUCUACCAUCGUUGGUCGUUCGCGUAUUACGUGAUUUUAAAUGGUUCCCUCUGUGGUCUUGCAUUUGCCAAGCUCAUUUUAGUUAUGGCCGAGUACCUGCAUCUAGUGCAACGGUAGAAGCCGAUUUUAACAACAUUAAAACCAGAGUAUUCGGUGCGAGUAAUCUACCAAUCCGAGCAGACUUGUUCGUCAUGCGGCAUCUUGAUUAUAUCAACGGGCGUGUGAAAAUAGUAGAUGCGAAAAUUCAGGCUAACGAGAUGAUGAAAGACCAAAAAACGAAUACCGACAUACAAGGAAAAACUAAAGAUACGGACACACCGACAUGUCCGGCAUGUGAUGGUAAUGAUAAACCUACGGGCGCACAUAUUUGUGAAUUGUGCAAGAGAACGGUGCAUGCACUCGACGGUUGUUCGAUACCUUUAGUAGAUGAUGAGGAAGGUUAUGGCCAGAGAAGGAUGUACAUGGCAUGUAGUGCAGGGCCAAUUACCAACAAACCCAGGAAUGUUACGCGGACAAAUUCGGUAGAAAAAACAGUGCCUGGAAUACUUAAAGACAUUACCAACAUCCAACAAACACUUAAAAGGCCUGUGCCAACUGCACUCAAACAACCGCCGGAAAAACUUCCAAAAUCAUGUUCAGCAUGCAAUAGAGGUGACCUACCUACUGAUACAUACACUUGUGCAUUAUGCGGAAAAUCGGUACAUGAACUUGAAGGUUGUUCCGUAUCUUUUGGACAAAACGAAGGUUGUGGGCUGAGGCGAAUAUGUUUGUCGUGUAGAAGAAUUCCGAGUCCGUCAAUAGCACAUUCACUAGACAGUGGAGUACAGGAGAAUUGGCGAGGCCUUACUGUACCAGCAUCGAAAAAGAAGGGACGAUAUUUACAAAAAAAUUACAGUCAAAACUUAUUUUUGAUAGGCUCGAAAAUAACAAAAGUGCCGGUUUUGAAAAAUGGCAGUUGUCUGAAUUUGAUGCCAGUCACGUUGAAGUGUGGUAAAGUAACGCUGGUCCGGACGUGUGGUUUCGACAGUGUCUUUCAAAUACUUCUAGUGACUACGAUAGAUAAUAUCGAGUUUCAGCGGACCAUUCUGCAAGUAUCUACGAACGAGCUGUUCAAGAUCGUAUUGGAUGCAGAGAAAAAUGGCAUCACGAAAAAUACACACCACCGGAGAGCAAAUAUUCUCUAUGACAUAGUUCCGGAAACGAACAAGGAAUAGACCCAUAAUUCGUGCUUGGUCAAUUGCGAAACAACAGCAGGAUAUUUAUGUAGUCGGUUGUUCAGGGAGCCUUGCAGUAUGAAAGAGGUGUCUAUUUGUGACCGAAAUUGCGUGCCGCGGGUGAAGGAAUUUCCGGUUCUGCAACUGGAAAUUGAAACAUUCCGCAAUGCUAAUUUCUCAGCCGCUUUUGAAGACAGUCUGAUACUUCGCAACUUCAAACGGUGCUGCAGGCCGAAUUGUACGGGUACCGAGACAACAGAAAUAACUGAAAUAGGUCCCGUAAUACUUUUUGAAAUCUAUAACUGGAAAACCGGGAGCACGGAAGUGGAGUUGUGUCAAAUCCCUUGUGGUUUACACUCUAGUUAGAUUCCACUAGAACGCGGGUGUUUUCUCGUUGAACAAAAACUCUGUGGUCUUUGCGAAUCAAGCAAUUGCAAUUUAUUUUCUUUUGUUUUACCAUUUCUGGCUUAAUUAUAGUUACGGCGAAAUAUGAUAAGAUUAACAAAUCUAAGUACAAUUUAUUUACAGCGUGCGAAUCAACGAUAUGCGAAUGAGAAUUUUAUGAUUAUCCUGCUUGUUCGAGUUUGAAGUUCACAAUGAAUUUGAAUGUCUUCUCGGCGAUCAUUAGAUCUUUGAUUUGAUUAUAUUGAUUGAAUUUGUGAUUAAAUGUGAUAUUUGCUUACUGACUUGGCUUUAACUGAUUAUUAACACCUUGAAGUUUGCAGACUUUGUAUGAGACCGCAUGAAAUUAUAUUUGGACUGAAUGAAUGAUCUUAUAAAGUUAAUGAACGUAUAAUAAGACUUGGAUUUGACUGCAUGAUAUGCUGAGGUUUGAUGAAGAUAUAAUUCUAACCUCAACUUGACGGAUAGUUUGAGGUUGAACGACUGCGCAGUUUGAGAUGACUGACUGGGUCGGGAGAGGGUUUCAUGAAUAUUAGAACAGGGUGGCCACACGAUCUGAGAAAAAAAAAUCCCUGACUUUUCCAUGACUUCCCUGACUAACAAUUAAGUGUUUCCCUGAUCGAAUAGAGGAACAAUACAGCAAGAAAUUGGGAUACUUGAAUCUCAUUCGUUACAUUCAAAGAGUAGUUUAAAAAUUGAUGAAUAUGUGAUCACCAUGUCCGCUUUUUUAUGAAAUAAGAUGACAAACAAUUCUCGACCAGUUUUAUAUAGAUCAAUUUAUUUUCAUUAAAUUGCACUUUUAACUUCGAGGAAGCUCUCAAAUGAAACAUUUCGAGUUUUAUCACAGAAAGUUAUCACUAAAUAUGGUUUUUAUGAAACCAAAGAAAUUCGAAGCACAUCAAUAUCCCUCGUUUACUUAACCCUAAUUAUUGACUAUAGUAUUCAAAUACAGGUACUUGAUAGAAAGAAUAAGAAGUUCAACAACUC